AUGGACUCAGGCUCCAGCCUCGGAGUCCGCACUCGCAGCAGCACUAAAGAGAGCGAACGUCGCCGAGCAACGGUCACUCCCGACGGCGCAUCAUCCACCGCAUCCUCCGGCAGCACCGAUGUCGCGAGCACUACCACCACCAGCGACGACUCCGGCUCUUCGACUCCACCCGCCCGCCCUGUCAUCCGCAGCAACAUAACCGCAAGUUCCUCCUACCGCGACUACGAGAAUCGCGUCGACCCACUCAGUCCCGCCACCCGCGCCGCCUGCACCCGCACGUGGCCCGACUCCUUCAACAUGCCCUCCGGCCUGACCCCCAUGCAGCAGCGGGCCUUCAUGCAAGCCGACCUGGCCACCUACAACGCCGAGUUGGCGGCGCGCAAGGCCACGCAAGACGGCGCACUCGCGGGCAACCUGAGCUACCUGCGCACGCGUCUCCAACCACCAUCAACCACACCCGACGCCGCCUACGACGCCGACGACGAAGCCGGCGACGACGACAACAACAACAACAACAACAACCUCGGCAUCUGGGGCCACGACUUCGAGCCCAUCCGCCCCCAGCGCUCCCUCCUCACGGCCGUCGACCCGCGCCAGGCCUUCGUCAACGCCGUCGAGACGGUCAUUCCCGCAAUCGACGUCGCCCACCCGCCGUCGAUGGAAGAACUCUUCCGCGACAUGUCGCCGUGGGAGCGCGAGGUCCGCGUCGAGGCCCACCGCGAGGCUAUGCGGCGCCGCCACCGCGCGCAGAUGGGCGAGAGGCGCUACGCGCGCGCUGCGGCGGCGGGCGUGCGGGCCGAGGAGACGGCGUACGAGGAGGAGAAUUUGGCGAUGGAGGCGACGAGGGGUUUCGGCGGGUUGGCGUUUGAGAGGCCGGAGGUGCCGGAGGAGUCUUCCGAGUCUGAGGAGGAGGAGGGGGAGUGUGAGGUGGAGGUUGUGAGGGAGGUUGUGGUUAUUAGUGAUGAUGAUGAUGAAGAUGACGGAGAAGAAGAAGAAGACGAUGAGGAAGACAACGACGAGGAGAUGGAGGACUACGACGACGACGACUUUGAAGAGGAUGGAGAUGACUCUAAGAAGCGGAUCAAGUUGGAGAGCGCCUCGCCUUCGCCGCCUGCUAAGAGGCUCAAGCGCAGCCCCACGGGUCAAAGCCAGAGCAGUCCUAAGAUGCCGAAGGUACUGGGGGUUGAUUUGGACGAUGAUCUGCUGAUGAUGAAGGGAGAGUCUGAUGAGGACGAUUAG